AUGACAAUAUUCGACAAAAAGAUGACGAGAUUCGACAAAAAGAUGACAAUAUUCGACAAAAAGAUGACGAGAUUCGACAAAAAGAUGAUGAAAUUCGGCAAAAAGAUGGCGAGAUUCGGCAAAAAUAUAAGGAAAUAAUGCAAAAGGAUAAAGAAACAUUGCAAAAUAAUGCAAUAAUUAAGCAGAGAGAAGAGGAUAUACAAAAACAAAAACUAGAAAUUGAAUCUUUUGAAAAUCAGCUUGAAGAGACUACAAUAUUUGUAGAAGAAGCACAACAAUUAAUUAUAAAGUUUUCAGAAAGUAUAGUAAAAAAAUCAAACAAUUAA